CACGGAGUUACGGACCCCGUUCUGCUGCAACCCUGUGUUUUCUUUCCUCCAUUAACCCCCACUCUCCCAGCGAAGAGCGUGCGAGCACUCCCUCGCCGCCCACCGCGCCUCGUGGCGGCAACUGGGCGGCCGUCGCUGCCGCCCUACGCCAGGUGCCGAGGUGAUUUUCCGCCCCUUUGCCGGCGACGAGCACCACCAGAUACUCUGAGCCUGGCUGCCGAAACUUCCUUUUGGUGUCCCUGUUACAUUCGGUUUCGUUUUUGAUGACUUCAUCAAGAAGCAAGAGCAGGAGCCACAGUCGCAGCAGGAGCAGGAGCCGCAGUCCUCAGCGAAGAGAUAGGUUGCGCAGCGAACGUGCACCCCGCCACAGUCGCAGUCGCAGCAGGAGCCGCAGCCCAUACCGUCGCAGAGAACGGCGUGGAUACAAGGAUCUCGUAUGCAAGAACUGCCGGAGACCUGGGCACUUUGCUAAGGAGUGCCCAUCUGCGCCUACGUGCAAUAACUGUAACCUUCCAGGCCACUUCGCAGCAGAAUGCACCUCAAAAACUGUUUGCUGGAACUGCAAAGAGCCUGGGCACAUUGCGAGUGAGUGCAAGAACGAGGCCCUGUGCCACACCUGCAACAAAACAGGUCACUUGGCGCGUGAUUGCCCUACUUCAGGGGCUAACGUCAAGCUAUGCAACAAAUGUUUUAAAUCAGGCCACAUCGCCGUUGACUGCACCAACGAACGGGCAUGCAACAACUGCCGUCAGCCAGGGCACAUAGCUCGAGAGUGCAAGAACGAUCCUGUUUGCAACCUGUGCAAUGUCUCUGGCCAUGUCGCGCGCGUCUGUCCAAAGACGACUCUGGCUUCAGAGAUACACAUACAGGGUGGCCCGUUCCGUGAUAUCCUGUGCCGCAUCUGUGGUCAGCCAGGGCACAUCAGCCGCAACUGCAUGGCCACCGUCAUCUGUGACACAUGUGGCGGGAGGGGGCACAUGUCUUACGAGUGCCCGUCGGCAAGGAUUUUUGAUCGCGGGUUCCGCAGGUUCUGAGAGCCUUUCACCGCUUUGUUUCUGAUGGUUUGAGUUUCGCCAGGAUGUUUAAUUUGUUUGUGACAAUAUUGGAACAAUUUUCCCUAUGGUUGUUGAGGAAUGAUUCUGUGAGGAUGUGUUGCGGGUGAAACUCUUUUUUUUUUACUUUUAGGUUUUGUUUGAUUACUCUAGUAUUUAUCUCAUUACACAUGGAUUGAGGUGUAUUGGGGUAGCUUACAUGUGUAUUGAAGUAAAUACUAGAGCAUCCAAACAAGGUCUUAAUCAGGAUAUAUGGCCCUUUGUGGACUCU